ACUCAUGUCAAUUGUAAUUACCUUAAUGCCUCAUUUUAAUAAAAAUAUAUUUGUAUUUGUCGACGUAAAGGAGACACGGCUCUACCGAAGACACUUUUUUCCCUGUCAAAAUACUUCUAAAAUACGUCUUACACUUAUGCACCCCGGUAAUGUAGACAUUUUUUUCAUUAAAUUUGGGUAAUUUUAUUAAAAAAAAGGUGGGGUUGUAGUGGUGCAUCUUUAUAUUAUAAUUAUACAACACUGCGUUCUAUUUCCCUGGAAAUAUGGUAACUUAAAUUUUUAAGCUAGUACUACAUACACUGAUGGUAGAUACAGCAAAACAAUAGGCUUUGGGCUACAUAUCAGUCAUAUCAUAUACCACACUCACCAGUGUCCAUGGUCCACAGCAGUACAAGUACAUGUAGCAAAAAUAUGGUCUUUGGCCUGACCUGUGCCUGUAGUUGUAAAAUUAUUAUACUUAUACUCCUGUCAGUUUUGUCAUCUAAUUCACUUAAGCUUAUAGUGUAUACAAAAGUAUUACACUGUAUUUUGGUGGUGCACAAUUCUCAAGUUCUGCAGAACUGCAUGCUUACAAUUACAGUGUUCCUGUAAACACUAAAAUGAACUUUUUCUUUUUGAUUUGGCUACACAAUAGGCCUAUACAUAUUUAUUUCGGCGGGGGUGGGGGGGGGAUUUGUAAAAUAUUGUUUCAGUGAAUUUAAUUAUUUUUGCAUAAUUUUAAACGUACUUGAAGCCUUAAGGGCCAUCCAGAACUGACUUCAGUCUAUUUUGUCUAAUUUUAUACCUUUCAUCACAGAAAAAAAAAUAUAGACACUUUCAUCACACAUUGACUGUCACUAUUCACUAUUGACAAUUGAAACUUUUGGAAUGUAACAUUAGCAAUAAUUAAUAAAUAUUCAUGUAUCUUGCACCUUAAAAUAAUUAAAUUUUUUCACAAAAACAUGCACCUCAAUUUAAGAAGGAAAUUUCAGGAAAAAAAACGAAACAUUAUAUCAUUCAGGGAGAAAAAGUGUGUGUUGUACGCCAAUAAAUACGGUAAUUAAUAAAUAUAUAUGAAAUAAAAUCACCACACUAUCAUAAUAUUACACACGUUAUUACAACAAUUACAUUCAGCAUGGGAUCUUAAACUACUCAAAGGAAAGUUACUGGCAUUUGAGAAUCACUAUAAACACAAAAUUUGAUUUAUUACGUUGAAACUGAUAUAUACACCAAAUUUGAGCUUUGUAUCUUAAACAUUAUUGGUUAUUUAUAAAUAAAUUCACUAAAACAAUAGAGAAAAUAUUUUUAAUAACUAAAUUUGCCCAAGCGAUAUUUUACCAAAAGAUCUUGGGUGAGUUCUCACAUGUUUUCCCCCAUGUCUUGAUCCCUGAUUGUGUAGGUCUAUUUGCGCAGUGAUACAUGAUAUGAGCCAUACUGCAAUUAAUUAUCAAACAUAGAAACUUUAAUAGGGACAAGGGUAUCUAGCACUUUAAAAUCUCUUUGAUAACAAGCCGUUAGAAGAUUCUGGUUUAUUAUUGUCUCUUAUGUAAUACUAGUAUUUAACUUAUGGUGCUCUACUGGUAAUGACGCUAAAAUCUUCAAUAACAAGUUUAAGUACAAUUCCUUAUUUUCUCAUCUUGGGGGAUUUUCAUAUAUGUCUAUGUUGGUAGAAACCGAUGUUUUAAGUCAGGGAUUGGGAACAUUUUUUUUUCUUAGUAAUGGACAAUUUAUAAAAAAUAUUAUUAAUCUUGACCACGACCCUUACUAGUAUACUACUACUUGUGAAUUUGUGACUGGUCACCCUCACUCUGCUAAUGUAAUAUCAGUAGAGAGUAUUCAAUCACUGUGUCAUACAAUGGAAUGAUAAAAAAAAGUAAUAUUAAGAAGUUAUGAAGUUGCAUCUGCAUUAAUAAACAAAUCAACAGAGAUUACUCCUAAACAAGGAAGAAUAUCUUAGUAUUCAAUUUCAGCUGGCAUAUUAUUUAAUUUGUCUCUUUUUUAACUUAUACAGGGGACACAUCCAGCGAACACAGAAAUGGAAGGAAUGCAAUUUCAGUCAGGGGUAUGGAGAAUAGAAGAACCUAAUGAAGCAAAGUUUAACCAAAGCAAUGAAAAAGGUAACUUAGCAAAGUUUAAAAAGACAUGGCUCAACACUAAUCAAAGCUCAGAUUCAAAAUGUGGUCAAGCACUUAAACUAUGUAAAACUUGAUAUAUAUUAAAUAUAUAUAUAUGUAUAUACCAUAUAUAUAUAUAUAUAUAUAUAUAUAAUAUAUAUAUAUAUAUAUGUAAUAAAUAUAAAGCACUUAAAUGGAAUGUAAGUCUGGUAGUUCAAUGUAUAUUUGUUUAUAUUUAAAGAAUAUGCUUAUGUAUACUUAAAUCAAAAUCCAUACCAAAGUUGACCCACCCCACCCCACCCCUCCUCCUUUCCCAAUUUUCUUCUCCCUUGAAAUUUAAAAGACAGAAAAUUGUCAAACACAUAGUUCAUAACUUUAUUUUAAACUAUCUAUAAUCAAUAUAAAAAUAUUUCAGUCUGUAGUAAAGUUUUUAGGUUUUGAGAUAUUUUUAUGACGGAAAUGAUGUCACCAAAGAACAAAAAAAAACUAUUCAAAAUGCCACCACCCCCCAAAUUUUCUCACCCUUGAAAUGUUUAAACAGAAUAUGGUACAAUGCAUAGCAUAAGAUUUUACUUAUAAAAAUUGAAAUUGUUUUCAUAUAAAUAAUAGAAAUACAUAGAUGAUAGUUAAUUUGUCAAUCUCCUUAUAUACAAUAUCUUAGCUCUAACAUUCAGAUAAAUACUUAACAUAGUUAUUUAUUAUAUUUAAUUUAUUUCAAAUUUGUAAUAACAAUACUUAAGUUAAAGAUUCGAUUUUCGUAAAAUAAAUAAAAUUCACUAUAACUUUUUUUUACAAUACCCAUUUAGAAAUAUGAAUUUUAUGGUACACCCUACGGAACACAAAUUUGCAUGAAUUUUGCAUUUUUUAAAUUGUGUUAUCUUUCUUAGCUGUAGGUAUUAAGAAUGGUCACUCAACAAAAGUUCAUUUUAAUUCUCCUCCUUUGUAAAAAGAUGUAAAAAUAUUUUAAAAAGCACUAUUCGCAGACAUCCCAGUUUUUCUGUUGUUAAGGGUGAUUUUGUUGAAGGUGGAAGUAGGUCAGGUUUGUUGAUACUCUCUGCAAAUUUAGGCAUGCACGGGCAAGGCAAUCUAGAUACUUAGUCAAAUAAUACCAGCCAUUGGUUGACAUACCCGGCUAUUCUAUGUUCUGCUUUUUAAAAAUAUUUUAUAAAUGUUAAUUACACUGAGCUGCGUCAGAAACUGCCAGAAAAAUUAUAAGAGAUAUUUGUGUGAAACUGUCUGCAAUGCAGCAUCUAAGGGCGUGUGUGCUAUAUUUAUAUACCUGAACUGUUUAGUGAAGCAGAUGCAGUGUGUCAUUAUAACUUUCAGGACUGUGGGAACCUAAACCUGAAGAUAUUCUGGCCGUUGUUGAAAAGCUGGAGCAGUGCAAUGGCGGCCCCAUUCCCCUCAAGUGGGUGUGUCCUGGACGAAAGCCACCAGAAAAGCAGGACCAGCAAGACGACCAGGCAGGUGAUGGAAUGGAUGUAGAUGGAGAGGACUCAAAGGAAGAAGAGCUGAGGUACUGCGUAUUGAAGUUUGUGAGACUAGAUUGGGUGGAUCUUCUGGAUAGGGUGGGUCAUCUAUAUGGGGGGGGUCAUCUGUAUAUGGAUAUGGUGGGUCAUCUGGAUAGGGUGGGUCAUCUGUAUAAGAUGAGUCAUAUAUAUUGGAUAGGGAGUGUCACUUGUAUCUGGAUAGGGUGGUUAUCUUGUUAUGGUGUUUUAUCUGGAAAGCAGGAAUAAUCUGAAUAGGAUGGUCAUCUGGAUAGGUUGGGAUAUCUGUUAAAAGUGGGUCAUCUGGAUAAGGUGGGUCAUCUGUAUUGGGUGUUUUAUCUGGAUAGGGUGGGUGAUCUGUUUAUGUUGGCUUAUCUGGAUAAGGUGGGUUAACUGGAUAGGAAGGAUUAUCUGGAUAGGUGGGUCAAAUGUGUCUGCUUUAGGUUGGGGCGUUCAUUUUUGGCAGUGAAUUUGAAUGAAUUGACAGGGGGGGGGGGGGGGGGGUGGGGGGGAGUUUUCAAGUUUAAUACCACUUUUAGAUGCACUCACUUAUUGGCAUGGUUGAAAUGUUAUUGUAGACCUUUCAUCAACUGUCUUAAUUGUAAGAAGUAUAUUUCCUUUAGAAUUGUUUGGUAUCUGCCAUGUUGUUUUUGUUGACAGUCGUUAUGUUGUUCUUGUCCUUUACCCAGAGCCCCUGAGAUGAGCGCCUUUGAUUUUGAUGAAUUCCAGUCAGAUGUGAAAGCUAAGCUGACACCCAGGGCAACAUCAGGUAACUGUUGGGAAUUGUUACGCACUGGCUUCUAAUAUGAGAAAUUAAUCUCCUAUUUUAAUUGGCUCGUUGUAAGCAGUGCCUAACAAAGGACGAUACCAUAGAGUCAACAAUAUUAAAGAUACGACACCCAAAACAGUUUCUAGUUACAAUUAAUAAGAUUUAAUAAGUAUAAAUGUAAUUACAAAAGAAAAAAAAUAUCAUUACAAAUCAUCAACUUACAGUAUGGUAGAUCUUGUACCGGUACACAGUUAACACAGAAUAAUGUGCCAAUUAAUAAUGAUGAAAUGCGAAAUAAACACAUAUAUAAGAACACAAGGAACACGUCUCGUGUAGUUCAUAAAACCUAUCGUAAUCUCCGUCUCUCCGCCCGUGCCUGUCAAUCCCUUAUAUAGGUCGCGUAAGCCCUGCCUUCCAGAGAAGACUUAUGACGUGUUGUUUACAUUUCUUGGGUUGUCGAGCACAUUCGAGAAAAUACCAGGAAGACAGUCUAACAUGUUUAAUUAUUGGUAAACAGGGUUGUAAACAAGAUACAUCAAACGAAUAGGCCACGCCAACAACAGACGUGACUGUCUGCUAGGAUUCUAAUUUAGGUCAAGUAAAAUUCAAGCAUGGGGAAUUUAUGCUACAUAAAAGGAAUGUUAGUUAUUUCAUCCACUCUUUUCCCCGUGAAAAUUUAGUUGUUGUUUUAAUUAGUCCCAUGUAUCCAAGGAAAAAAGUUGCUUUAAAAGAUAUUCAUAUGAAAAUAGUUCACCCAUAAAGAACUUAUCCCUUUUUUGUUUGCUUCUUCAGUAAAGUUAUCAAUGAUCUUGUAACAUAAGAGACUAAAAAUUUCAAUAAAUGACCCAAAUAAGUCACUGUUGUCUACAAAUUCAUUGUUUUUAUAAUGUGAACAAUUAAUCAUCACAUAAACAUUGUGAAUUGCAGGAGGUUUGGGCCGUACCCCUCGUCCCGAGAAGCGUGUUGCCAAAAUGGAUAACAUCAUGGAUUCAUUACGCAAACAACAGCUGCAAAGGGUUGCGGAGAGAGAAGCCAGGCGGAAAGGCUCGCCGGGCACACCUCCUGGACGCUCCAGACUUCUCAAUUUCAAGUCACCUGGUCCAAAGGCUUCACUUUCAAAACCAGGGUGGUCUUCUCCUAGUGGCAAAUCAGAAUCCCCGCCAAGAACGGGAAUCAAUGAUGUUGUAACAAGCAGGGUUCCAAUUAUGUCAAUGGGAGAUUUGGUUUUGAGAAAUGAUAAUGGCAGCAUAGCCAAAAGUUUUGCUUCAAGCAUUCACCAGCAAGAUUCGACAUUAGACGCACAAGUUUCAGAAUUGACCAUUGAACCAAAACAUGGUGGUGCUGCAAAGCCAGAUAGUGUUAGCAUUUCACUACCAGAUAGUGGUAGUACUUUACUGUCGGAGGAUGGUAGUGCUUCAAGAUCAGAUGGGGAUAGUGCUUCAAGGCCAGAUGGUGGUGGUGCUUUAAGACCAGAUAAUGGUAGUAGUGCAGUGUUGGAUGUU